AUGUCGAGAUCCUCCCGUGGCCCCCCUCCGUCGGCUUCGUCUGCCCCUCAGAGCGGCCGCUCCAACGAGUACUUCGUUCCGAGAGAUGGAAUUGAUCGCGAGGUCAUCACCGCCGAUAUUUGCCGCUACCUCGGCAACGACGCCCUCGUGCGCCCGGGUCACUACGAGAACCCUCAGACCGGACAAGUCUCACAGGGUUACUACAUCACCGCCUACCGAAACCUAACAACAGCCAUGAUCGACGACUUGAAGGCCGAUUCUGCGCGAUGGGAGGCAGAGAGGCGGCAGCAGGCCGCCCGGAACAGUUCAGGAGGUACAUUUGCCUCAAGAGACGCGACGGCUCUUUUGUCGAGACGUUCUAACUCCCCUACAGCAGGGUACCGCCAGUCGGAGACUCACUCCGCACGCCAACACUAUGGUCCCACGGAUUCCACUGGCUACCCGGACGUAGGACGUGAUUCCUAUGAAAGCACCCCUAGAUAUCCAGGAUCUCAAGCCCCAGGAUACUCAGGGAACUCUGCCCAGGGCUACUCUGGAUCUACCCCUUCCUACCAACAGCAGCCGUCUUCUUCUUACUCAAGUGGUGGGUAUCCCUACUCUGGUCAGCCAGACCCUAGAGCCGACCCCAGGUACGCUGGACAGAGCCAAAUGGGACAAGGAUACGGUGAACCCCCGUACAUUGCCACGGCCGCGAACAUGGCGGCGCAACGAAACUACCCCGCCGACCCCUACGCAGGACAGCCCUCUCGGACGCCUACUUCGAUGGCGCCUCCGCCAGGAGGGCCGGCUUACUCUUCCGGAUCACAGGUUCCGGCAGGAUAUCCCACGGGUUACUACCCGCCUUCGACGUCAGCCUCGUACGGUUCCACGCCGGUGGCUUCUGAUCCGAUGUACGGACGCGGUGCGUAUACAGCUUUGUACCCCAAUCCAAUUUCUUCGACCUAA